AUGACGGAGCCGGCUUCUUCCUUUAAAUCUAUAAUUCUCGUGACUAUUUUCGCAGUGUGUGUUUCCCUUUUCGCAUAUAAUACCGAAGUUGGUAAAGACUUCAUUGAUAAAGUUCCGGAUAGCUUUUUUCUUGCCAAAUACAUAAAACAAACUGCCGAAAUGGAUACCAAAGACUUUACUCCCAUUGAAGUCUUAAGAGAUAUAACCCUUACCGAACUCAAAGACAAUACAACAUUUAAAGCAGGAAUUAUUUGGAAAAGUACUCCUGCAUUGAUAUUAGUUGUUCGUCGACCUGGUUGCCAAUUAUGUCGGGAAGAAUCUAUGAGAAUUUCUUCUCUGCGUGAAUUAAUAUCGGAAAAAAUGGGUCUAAAUAUGGUAGCAAUUGUACAUGAGAAUCUGAAUAAUGAAGUUGAAGAUUUUAAUCAAGGAUUUUGGAAAGGAACUGUAUAUUUCGAUAAAGAAAAAUCAUUUUUCAGUGCAAUUGGAGGUGGUAAAAUACAAUAUGCGGGUUUAACGAAUAUACUUAAGCCAUCUGUAUGGUCAAACAUCCGGAGAAAUUACAAGAGUGGUGUCGGGGGCAACUUUAAAGGAGAUGGAAGAGUUUUGGGAGGACUCUACAUUAUCAAAUCUGACACAAAAGGAGAAGAAGUAAUUUAUCAAUAUCGAGAAAAAGUAUGGGGAGACCAUGCACCUCUCGAGGAAGUGUUGAAAGCAUGUGAACUCGUUUCCCCCAAAAAUGGUGAAGCUUCAAUCCAAUCUGACAUAAAAGCAGCUUUGGAAAAGGUUAAAUCCGAAACUUUACUUUCAAAUAAGGAUGAAGGUCCUUCGAAGACGUGUAAUUCUCAAGAAUCUUGUGGUUAA